UGUUUAUUUCCGCGGUGGCUCAGCAGCAGAAAUCGUUUCUGCGACGGAGCUGUGAAGGAGAGCCGAAUCAGUUCUGUCGUCAGUGAUUCAGUAUGAACCAAGACAUUAAGUAUUAUGGGUUGAGAAACCAAGGAGCGACAUGUUACCUGAACAGCAUUCUGCAGGUUCUGUUCAUGACCAGAGUGUUCAGAGAGGCUAUAGAAAGUUGUUCAAAACACCAUGAAGACAACAUCAAUGCUCGACUCCAUACUUUGUUUGAGAGUUUAAAAGAAAAAACAUCAGAAACCACAGAAGUUACAAAGACACUGAGAAUUGAAGUGUAUGAACAGCAGGAUGCUGGUCAGUACCUGGAGAAGAUUUUAUCUGGGGUCAGUGAUAAAGCAUCACAGAUAUUCAGAGGAAAGCUGAAUCACAGGACUGUUUGUGAGAAAUGUCGCUCACACACUGACGACAUUGAGGAAUUUUUCUUUCUUUCUCUUCCACUGAUGGAUUCUAAAAAUGGAAACUUCAGUGUGGAGGACGGGAUUCAGGAGUUUUUAAAGGUCGUACAGUUUUAUGGAGAAGACCAGAUGUACUGCGAUGAGUGUGAAGAAAAUAGUAACACUACUGUUACAUAUAAACUACAGCAUCAUCCAGAGAUUUUGAUUUUGCUGCUGAAGAGGUUUGAAUACAACUACAACUACAGGUCAUACCGUAAAGACAGCCGUGCUGUGGAUGUUAGUUACACCAUCAACUUACCUGAGAAUCAGACAUAUGAACUGUAUGCGAUGGUGGAUCACUUUGGGGUUCUGACAGGUGGGCAUUACACAGCAACAAUCAAACCUGAGGAGGAAGAAAGCUGGUAUGAGUUCAAUGACUCCACUGUGACACUGCUUGAUAACCAGAUGCUCCAGAGAAAGUUUGAGAGAUCUCGAAAUGCCCACCUUCUCUUUUACAGGAAGCAAAGUAUCGGUUUACAAGAUGAAGGACAAGAAGAAGAAGGACAGCCAAACCUGGCUGAAAACCACAAUCUGAUUAAUGAAUUGGACCAGAGGCCUGAGAGGAUCUGUUGUUGUCAGAAUAAUUAUGUGGCUAUUUCUCUUCCAAAUUCGAUUGGCUUUUGGCCAGCCUUUGCAUUUAAUGCAAUUUGCAAUAUGUUUUGCAAACGUCCGUACCGAGGUGAAGAAUAGUAUAUGUUCAUGGUUUCAAAGAAAGAUGCAGUAAAAUUAGCUCAACAGCCAUUCCUCUGCCCCCCAAAACUUUCAAA